AUGUUAUCGAAAUCAUAUGGCGUGUAUGCGACUCUGAGCUUCGUUGCUCAAGUUGCCAACGCUCAAUAUUCAGUCAUUCCUCCGCCAUCUUCCGUGGCUGCAUCAACGGCAGAGAUAACACCAGGCUCUUCUUCUGUAGUUCCAAGCUACGCUGCAAAAGGCGGCUUUGACGUUUCCUCGAAUGAAGCGAGUACUCUUCAGACAUCAGUGAUAUCAUCGCCAUCUCUAGGCGCAGAUGACGCCGCGAUCACGUACAAUGCAACUCCAAUGACAUCUUCAGACGCGAUCAAAUCCUCUUCGGCUCCCUCGACUUUGUCAAGCCUCAAAUCAGUGGAAAGCUCACUUCAAUCGACCUUGGAGACAUCUAGUCUCUCAAGCGCCCUCGAGACUGCGGCUUCUGAAAGCAGCAGCAGCAGCUUGACAACAUCGGCUGGAGGCAUUUUGAGCAGCAUCAGCUCCUAUAUCAUGGGAACGCCGCCAUCUUCAACCUUUAUGACGACGGCGCCAACAGCUCUUUCAGCCUCUUCGGGCCUGACUACGUCCUUGUCCACCACCAAUGAGUCCGUGGUCACGUCGAGUUCGGCUUCCAGCUCAGGCUCUGUUCCUACUGAUUCGUCAACAUUUGCAUCUAUAACUGCCAGCAACUCAUCUGUUCCAUCUGCAGCGAGUGUCGAGGCUGCAUCCGGAAGAACGAAUGCGAGCGUCACCGAGUUGACUACGUCCACGAUAUAUUCAACAAACAUUUACACCAUCACUUCCUGUGCUCCAACAGUCAAGGACUGUCCCGGUAAGCUUGGAGCAGUCACUACAGAAGUCAUCUCAAUUGGCACCACCAUCUGCCCCGUCACAGAGGCAGAGGCGAAAUCCGAGGCUUCGACUGUCGCUUUGUCGACCGCGGCGUCUACCUUUGUCACAAGUGUACCAACUGCGCAGGCGUCAAGUACCAUGUCGAGCAGCGUUUCAAGCAAUGCUACAUCCGGUGUGUAUAGUGCAUCUUCUGCAAUAUCUUCAACUCUAAGCUCGGCAAUCUCUGAAUUGAGUUCCAUCAUCUCCUCUUACAACACCUCGAUACCCACGACGGUAAACAGCAACGGCACCCAAACUAUCAGCACGGCGAGCGAGUCAUCCCAGGUGAUACCCACCACUUAUAGCGUCAGCAGAGAAAUCACCACAUCGAUACUCUCUACCGUAUACUCGACAAACAUCUAUACGAUUACGUCGUGUGCGCCAGAGGUAAAGGAUUGUCCUGCCCGAAAGGGAAGCGUUACAACAGAAUUGAUCUCCCUGUAUACCACCAUAUGUCCUAUUACCAAGACGGUCCUGGAUGGGGUAACCUAUACUCCUCGGAUCAGUGCUAUCAAUGCUGCCCAAGAAUUGCCGAGCUCGACACUUUUUACGACCGGCAGCGCAUCUAUUGCCGUCACAUCUCCCGAUAUCACGCCUCUGGUUACAAGUUCUACCAACUCGUCAGUCAUUUUCACCCCAGUGACCAACAGUUCAGUUGCAGUCUCGAGUAUCAUUACAUCAGCAACAAUUCCUUCAGGCACUUAUCCGCUCACGCUGACCAACUCGAGGUCGACAAUUGCUUCUGCCAACUCGUCUGUGGCCUCGACAGCGCCUACUACCCCUGCCAAGUUGACAACCAGUACUGUCUACUCGACCAAUAUCUAUACAAUUACGUCCUGCGCACCAGAGGUCAAAGAUUGUCCUACCAAGAAAGGCCAGGUCACAACAGAGGUUAUAGCCGUUUCCACAACUAUAUGUCCCGUGACCGAGAUAGAAACAGGUGCGACGACCGCGGCUAGCAUAGCUUCUGUACCGUUGUCUUCGGCCCAGACAUUCUCAACUAGUGAGAAGGUGGUUCCAUCGGUACCCUCCACAGGCUCAUCGCCAUUGUCUGUACCCACGACUGCCGUUAUCAAUAAUGCGGUUGAGACAUUGCCAUCCAGUGUGGAGUUGACAACGUCAACUGUCUACACGAGCAGCGUGUAUACUGUAAGCUCAUGUGCAGAGGGAUCCAAGGAAUGUUCGUCGCAGCUCGGAAGCCUGACUACGGAAAUGGUGGCGCUAUAUACGACCAUCUGCCCCGUGACGGCAGCUGUACAGAAUGCUGCUGAAACGAUUCCAGUUCCGAGUCCGUCAAGUGUGCCAAGCACUGGGUCGUCGGAUGCCGUACCUACCAUUGAGAGUCUUGCAACUGAGCAGAGCGCACCUGUUGGCUCUUCCGGCGUGCUUCCCGAAACUGCUACUGCCGUAAUCACUUCAUCGGAAAAUCUGUCUUCAACUGUCGCCGCCGUGACCAUUAGCACGACCCCCGCGCUUCCGUUGUCAAGGACCUCAACAGUAUACUCGACCACCAUUUAUACCGUCACAUCGUGUGCACCAGAAGUCACGAACUGUCCCGCAAGCUCCGGUAGCCCGGCCGUGGUCACCUCAAUCAUAGCUCUAUCCACCACAGUCUGCCCCAUUACGUACUCGACGCAAGCCGUCACCUUGAACAACACCAUCGGCUCGUCGACAGUGCUCGUCACCACGACAAUCACGUACGAAGACGCGCCAACUCCUACUCCUUCAACACCUUUGGCCGCUGCCGCCACGGCCGCCGAGUCUACGGUUCCGGAGCCGGCAUCAACCAAGCCUGGCACAACCUUGACUCUUGGAAACUAUUUUACGACCGUCAUUGAAUACGAGGCGCUUACUUCCGCCGAGAACCCUUCUCCUCCUCCCCCACCUGCCACCCCCGAGUCUGCUGCUGCUGUGCCCAUGACGGACAUGUCUAGUCCCAGCGUUCCGUACGCCGCGGCCACGGGGACGCAGCCAAUGGUGACGCAGACCCGAUUGCUAUCAUUAGUCGCCCAAGCGAGCUCAUCAUCAAGUCAAUGCACAAUCCGAAGGCGAAACCGCCGCCAGGAUCACCACCCGACUGACCAGCACGGUAAUCAACUACCAGACGGUAACCUCGAUCAGGCCGUCCGACGUGCCGUUCUGCGACCCGCCCAUCACCAGCUACAUUACGGUGACCGCGCUGCCCGUGACCGUAACCGUGGAGCCGCCGUUUCCGUCAGCGUACGGGACUGGAAGCAGUAUAUAUGGCACGGGAAGCAGCAUGGGUUUCAUUGGCGGGACCGGGAGCUUCAUCACGGGCGCGGGUCCGCUGCCCACUGA